AUGUCAACUAUUCCCUCAACACAGACCCUGAUGGCAGACUACAAAGGCCAACCUCUACCAGAGCUAGGUACUCUGAUUGUACUGGAUGGUUUGCCGGUAGUUGACAAAGCCCACCGGCCUACCCUUAUCAGAUUUCUCCUCAGGAAAUUAGACAGUCCUGGACCGACAGACACCAGAAAGGUGUACAUGCCAGUGGAUUCACAGCAGAGAACCAUCGGGUCUGCCAUUAUACGAUACUUAGAUGCUUCGCAAGCCGAGGACACAAUUACACGAUUCAACGGCUCUCAUCUAGAUAGCAACCACCAAAUGACCUUGGAGAAGAUUGAGGUUUCGGAGCGGUACAGGCACAUGCAGAAUAUGGUUACUGGUAUUGAGCAACAGUUGGGCCUCGUUUUCCCCAUCGAUAUGGAGACGGAGCUAUUUCAAGAGGGAUGA